CGUGACAUGUAUAACUAUACACAGCGGACACAUAACCUAAUACUUCAUUAAACAUUUCCACGAUACUAUUAGCUGCGCCGAUGUCGACAAUAUAAACUGUAAUUAAAUAUCAUUAAAUAUUAAUUUAAAAACAAUAUGAGUGGGAACGCAAAGAGAACAAUUUACGUAGGUGGAUUAGCUGAAGAAGUAGACGAAAAAAUAUUAAAUGCAGCUUUUAUCCCAUUUGGUGAAAUCGUUGAUGUUCAAAUACCAUUGGAUUAUGAAUCGGAAAAACACAGAGGAUUUGCUUUUAUAGAAUUUGAAACUGCCGAAGAUGCUGCUUCCGCUAUAGAUAAUAUGAAUGAUUCUGAAUUAUUCGGUCGGACAAUUAGAGUGAAUAUAGCUAAGCCACAGAAAAUUAAAGAGGGUUCUUCCAAACCCGUUUGGGCGGAUGAUUCUUGGUUACAGGAGCACGCUGGCGAAACCUUAAACACAAACGAUGAAACAAGCAAACAAGACGACGAUAUUUCAAUUAAAAAAACAAAGCAAAAUCCUCAAGUAUAUUUUGAUAUAGGCGUGGGUAAACAAGAACUAGGAAGAAUAAUUAUGAUGUUGAGAUCGGACAUUGUUCCAAAAACUGCAGAAAACUUUCGUAGUUUAUGCACUCAUGAAAAAGGUUAUGGCUACCAAGGUAGUACAUUUCACAGAAUCAUUCCAGAAUUUAUGUGUCAAGGAGGAGACUUUACAAACCACAAUGGAACCGGCGGUAAAUCAAUAUACGGAAACAAGUUUGAAGAUGAAAAUUUUGAACUCAAACACACGGGUCCAGGGACAUUGUCAAUGGCAAAUUCUGGUACAAAUACAAAUGGUUCCCAAUUUUUCCUUUGUACGGCACGGACAGAUUGGCUCGAUGGAAAACAUGUUGUAUUUGGACACGUUCUAAGCGGUUUGGAUGUCUUAAAAAAAAUGGAAAAAUAUGGAACAAAGGGAGGAACUCCUACGCAAAAAGUUGUUAUCACAUCUUGCGGAGAACUUACCUAAUAAUUUAUUAUGGCUUAUUAUUUAAUAUAAAAUAAUAUAUUUAUAUGAGAUAUUAUUAUAA